AAAUCGAAUAAAUAGAAACAACAACACAUUUUUGCUUUACUCUCUGCCAAUAAAUUUGAUAGUUUUUAAUUUUAUUUAAACUCUUUUUAUAGAUGAUUGAUAAAAAUGCAACGCUUACACGCUAUCCCAAAAAGUCCAAAAGAUUUUGACAAAUGUUUGGUUGAGCUGUACAAACCCAAGAAGUUUGUGGCCGAAUCGUUAGUAUUUACAUUACCCAAUAUUCCAGUUGCAUCCCAUUCUUUCUUUUACUCUAGACUGACUUCGAUUUAUUCGAGUCGCACCUCAGUUGACUUAAAUGGAUUCAUUCGCAUUGAUUCAGCCAGGGGCAUCGGGGAUCGUCACCUGAAAGCUUCCCCAAAAUUGCCCAGCAUCCAGGAGCGCAGUUCGCAGUCGCAGAACAAGAAUCUCUAUGACCUCUCCCUCCAACUCACGGAUCAGGAGGAAGCCGUGAUCUCGGAUUACGAGUGUGCAGAUGGAAGCGGGAGGAUUCAAUGUGAGAAGUCGAAGCCGGUUAAAGCCAUUCCGAUUGGUCAGGGUAAUGAGGCGACUUUCGAUCUAAUGAAGCAAUUGAAAGUUAGGGAUCGGACGAAGGUAAAGGACACCGGGCACUUCAAAAAAAGAACUCCUUCUUUUUCCACUAUACAGUGCACAAACAAGAGGAUCAAAAGAAAGAAAAGGGAAAAUGAUGAAAACGUCGCCGGACCCCUUAACUUAAAAACGUUUACUAAGUUAAGACGCAGGCUUCCCGAAAGCUAUCAAUACCUCUGUGCCGAACCAGUAAUCUUACCUUCAAAAACGCCUGAUGCCCCAGCCACAACAAACCGGCCACCGAUCAAAGUACGAAAAGCCAAAGUUAAACCUCGUCUAGUAGAAUCCGAAUCAGAUGUGGAAUCCUUUAGAUACUCCGAUAACCCAAAGAAGACCCUCAAAAUACUGUUUGAAAGAGCAGCUCGGAAUACUGGGACCCACAAUCGGGAUGUGGAAGUGGAAACAUUUGAAAAUAAAAAUUUGGGAAGAGUGCUUGAGGACCGCGCUUCGCUGCAGGUUCAACUUGCGCUGCAUGUGAUUGAUGAUCACUACUGUUAUAGUUUGCUUAUUUUUGUGGCCACCCUGGCGUACUUGGUCUAUAUCCUGUGCUACGAUAUCACUAGCAAUCUGAACGAAGAAGGGCGCUAUCAGGAAAAAAUGAAAAACUCUAGACUGCCGAUGAAGGCUUACUACUAUUUGAUGCGUCUGCUCAGAGCGCCCAUUUUCUGAUGGGCCAGCGGAUUUGAAGAUUUAAUCAAAACAUUAUUCAUAACAACAGCGAACUCUAUUAUUCAGUUCAAUUUCAAUGGUGAAAUAUUUAUUGUAAAAUAUUUAUAAAUGGAUAUUUUGGCUCUUUUUUCGCUCCCCAUCAAAGUGUUGAAUAGGACUCGCGCUCCAACGCCUCUUGCACUCUGCCACGCCCCUCAUUUGCCACCUGAAUCGCGUGGUGCCAGGCUAACAAAUGAAAAACAAAUAUUAAACUGUGUUGUUUUGCCAAAAUAGUACCAAAAGCGCACACACACACGCACAAGCGAGAGCACACACAGAGUCCGCGGAAAUUGU